AUGUUUUUAUUUCUGAUCUUCUUGUGUUGGGGUGUAAGUGCUGCGCCCAAUAAAGCCCAGUAUUAUUCUCUUGAAGACGCAGCUUCAUACUUUGAAGAGUUUAUCAUCAAGCAUGGCAAACAAUAUGCUGAUGAGCAAGAAAAAAGCGCCCGUUUCGAAAUAUUUAAAACGAACUUAAAAGAUGUCAACCAAUUGAACAACAUCAGUCAAGCCGCAGUUUUUGGAAUAACCUCAUUUACGGAUUUAACUAAAGAUGAGUUUAAGAGAUUGUAUUCAAACUGUUUUAUUGGUGAACAGGACACUUCGUGUAGUCUAAAAACAGAUGGUGAUAUCCCCGAUGCAGGUGCACCGGAGUCAUUGGAUUAUCGCCAAAUGGGAUAUGUAUCUGGGGUGAAAAAUCAAAUGACAUGCGGUGAUUGUUACGCGUUCAGUUCUACUGGACACCUCGAAGGUCAAUAUUUCAAAAAACAUGGAUCAAUGCAAGAGUUUUCUGAACAACAGAUCCUUGACUGUAACCAGAAAUCAAGUGGAUGUCGGGGUGGAACGAUGGGUUCUUCUUUCGCAACACUCAUUGAUUUGGGAGGUGCUAUGGCUGAACGGGAUUAUCCAUAUGAAAACCAAAAAGGGCAGUGCAGGUCCGAUGCUAGUCGAGCUGUCGCAAGAAUUUCGGCUUGCUACCAAUACUCGCUAUCAUCUCAAGAAAAAGUCAAGCAACUUUUGUACCUUGUGGGACCAAUAUCUAUAGCUGUACGAGACGACUAUCUAAAACAAUACACCGGAGGUAUUAUUAUGGAUUCGGUGUGCACCGGUAAAGUGGCCCAUGCAGUUCUCUUAGUGGGAUACGGAAGAGAUAAUGGUGUUGAUUAUUGGCUGAUUAAGAACUCGUGGGGUGCGCAGCAUGGUGAACAAGGAUACUUCAGAGUUCAACGUAACGGAGGUCCAGACGGUGCCUGUGGAUUACUAAAUCAGGGCAUGGCCUCCGCUGAUGUUGAAUAG